AUGGAUAUUGAAUGUUUGAUCUAAUAAGAAGUAUUCUUUAAACUUUGGAAAGCUGAUAUCUUAAGCUUUAUUGACAAUAGUGGUGUUUAAGCUUAAUCAGCGAAUUGGAUUUAAAAAUCAAAGGUUUUCUGGAUUUUAAAGAUAAGAGUAAUCACACUUGGGAGUAAUGUUAAAGUACUAUUCGUAGAAGAGGUACUUGUUUAACUCUCUCGUGUGCAAUUUGUAUUAGUAAGUACUUAAGCUGAUUUAUUCCUUUCUUAACUAGAUAUUCUGGUAGAAUAUUUGUCUGGCCAACCUAAUAAAUUAUUCUUAGAUUAGUUAAUAUAAAUAUAUUUUACCAAGAGGCAAGACUUAGUCCAAGUUAUUUUUCGAUCCCAAUUUAUCGUAUAAUCACUAAUAGGUUCUUGUGAAAUAGUAACUCCAGAAAAUAGAUCGGAUUACCCAUCAUAAACUAAUGGAAUUGAGAGAGUAUUCGGUGUUUGA